CCUCCCGUGGCGUCUAGCUUUGCGACCGGGAGAGUUCCAACGCACGCAGCCUGUUUCCCGGGAACCCUCCCCGGUCGUGGGCCCCAAUUUUCCGCAGCCUUCCACGACUCCGAGAACGUUCUGACACCCUCGGGGAACGCUCUCUGCUGCACGACUCGGUACGGGGACCGCUCUUCGCACCCCUUGUUGCUGGGGCAGACCGACGGUGGGAAGCAUGCGGGACUACGACGAGGUGACCGCCUUCCUGGGCGAGUGGGGGCCCUUCCAGCGCCUCAUCUUCUUCCUGCUCAGCGCCAGCAUCAUCCCCAACGGCUUCAAUGGAAUGUCAGUCGUGUUCCUGGCCGCCACCCCGGAGCACCGCUGCCGGGUGCCCGACACCGCGAACCUGAGCAGCGCGUGGCGCAACCACAGUAUCCCGCUGCGGCUGCAGGACGGUCGCGAGGUGCCUCACAGCUGCCGGCGCUACCGGCUGGCGGCGAUCGCCAACUUCUCGGCACUGGGGCUGGAGCCGGGGCGCGAUGUGGAUCUGGAGCAACUGGAGCAGGAGAGCUGCCUGGAUGGCUGGGAGUUCAGCCAGGACAUCUACCUGUCCACCAUCGUGACUGAGUGGAGUCUAGUGUGUGAAGAUGACUGGAAGACGCCCCUCACCUCCUCCCUGUUCUUCCUGGGUGUGCUCUUUGGCUCCUUCGUGUCCGGGCAGCUAUCAGACAGGUUUGGCAGGAAGAACAUCCUCUUUGCGACCAUGGCUGUGCAAACUGGCUUCAGCUUCCUACAGAUUUUCUCCAUCAACUGGGAGAUGUUUACUGUGUUAUUUGUCAUCGUGGGCAUGGGACAGAUCUCCAACUAUGUGGUGGCCUUCAUUCUAGGAACUGAAAUUCUUGGCAAGUCAGUUCGUAUUAUAUUCUCUACGUUAGGAGUGUGCACAUUUUUUGCAGUUGGCUACAUGCUGCUGCCACUGUUUGCUUACUUCAUCAGAGACUGGCGGAUGCUGCUGCUGGCGCUGACGGUGCCGGGGGUGCUGUGCAUCCCCCUGUGGUGGUUUAUUCCUGAAUCUCCCCGGUGGUUGAUAUCCCAGAGAAGAUUUAUAGAGGCUGAAAAUAUCAUCCAAAAAGCUGCAAAAAUGAACAACAAAGCGGCCCCGGUGGUGAUUUUUGAUCCUAUGGAGCUACAGGAACUAAAACUCCCAAGCCAGCAGAAAAUUCACAUUCUCAGCCUGUUCAGGACUCGGAACAUUGCCACAAUUACCAUUAUGUCUUUGAUGUUGUGGAUGCUUACCUCAGUGGGUUACUUUGCUCUGUCUCUCAACGCUCCUAAUUUACAUGGAGAUGCCUAUUUGAACUGUUUCCUCUCUGCCUUGAUUGAAGUUCCAGCCUACAUUACAGCCUGGCUCCUGUUGCAAACCCUGCCCAGGCGCUAUAUCAUAGCUGGAGUACUGUUCUUGGGAGGAGGUGUGCUUCUCUUAAUUCAACUGGUACCUGAAGAUUACAACUUCUUGUCCAUUGGUCUGGCGAUGUUAGGAAAGUUCGGAAUUACCUCUGCUUUCUCCAUGCUGUAUGUCUUCACUGCAGAGCUUUACCCCACCCUGGUCAGGAAUAUGGCUGUGGGGGUUACAUCCAUGGCCUCCAGAGUGGGCAGCAUCAUUGCUCCCUACUUUGUUUACCUCGGUGCGUACAACAGAGUUCUGCCCUACAUCCUCAUGGGCAGCCUGACUGUCUUGAUUGGAAUCAUCACCCUCUUUCUCCCUGAAAGUUUUGGAGUAACUCUACCAGAGACCUUAGAGCAGAUGCAGAAAGUGAAAGGGUUCAGACUUAGGAAAAACACAAGAGAUUCAACGGAGAAAGAAGAAAAUCCCAAAGUUCUCAUAACUUCAUUCUGAUAAAAUUUCCACCCCAUUUGGUGACCUGAAAAACAGAUGCAUAAGACUCUAUGAAGAAGCCAAAGUCUUUCCUGAUGAAAUGGACCAACCCUAAGGAUUAACACUAAGAUGACUUUGCUGUUGAGAAAUGCUUGUCACAUAGCGAACUCCAAGCCACUCUUCCAGAUAAUCCCCUUAUUUUAAUUUUUUUUUCAACGUUUAUUUAUUUUUUUGGGGACAGAGAGAGACAGAGCAUGAACGGGGGAGGGGCAGAGAGAGAGGGAGACACAGA